CGGAUGUGGCGGGGUCUUUGUCUGUAGCUGCAGCUGGAGCUCCAGGUCUCUCCUUCACUGCACUGUGUACUCCGCUCCCAGAGGCCCCGCUCCUGUGGCCCUGUGACCUGCAGUUAUUGGGAGAUCCACAGCUAAGAUGCGAGGACCCCCUGGAAGCCUAGAAAUGGAGACAUUGACAUUUAGGGAUGUGGCCAUAGAAUUCUCUCUGGAGGAGUGGGAAUGCCUGAACCCUGCUCAGCAGAAUUUAUAUAGAGAUGUGAUGUUAGAGAACUACAAAAACCUGGUCUUCUUGGGUAUUGAUAUCUCUAAGCAAGACCCAAUCACCAGUCUGGAGCAAGAAAAAGAGCCCUGGAAUAUGAAGAGACAUGAGAUGGUGGAUGAAUCCCCAGGCAAAACUGGUCAUGCACUGUGGCUGAGAGCUGGAACUGAAUCACUGAACUGCUUCAGGGACCACAGUAAAAACCAAGCUAUGUGUUCUUAUUUUACCAAAGACCUUUGGCCAGAGCAAGACAUAAAAGAUUCUUUCCAACAAGUGAUACUGAGAAGAUACAGAAAAUGUGAACAUGAGAAUUUACAAUUAAGAAAAGGCUCCGCAAGUGUGGAUGAGUGUAAGGUGCACAAAGAAGGUUAUAAUGAACUAAACCAGUGUUUGACAACUACCCAGAGCAAAAUAUUUCAAUGUGAUAAAUAUAUAAAAGUCUUUCAUGAAAAUUUAAAUUCAAAUAGACAUAAGACAAGACAUACUGGAAAGAAACCUUUCAAAUGUAAAAAAUGUGACAAAUCGUUUUGCAUGCUUUUACACCUAAGUCAACAUAAAAGAAUUCAUAUUAGAGAGAAUUCUUACCAAUGCGAAGAAUGUGACAAAGUCUUUACGCGCUUCUCAACCCUUACUAGACACAAGAGAAUUCAUACUGGAGAGAAACCCUUCAAAUGUAAAGAAUGUGGCAAAGCUUUUAAGCACUCUUCAACCCUUACUACACAUAAGAUGAUUCAUACUGGAGAGAAACCCUACAGAUGUGAAGAAUGUGGCAAAGCCUUCUGCCAUUCCUCACACCUUACUACACAUAAGAUAAUUCAUACUGGAGAGAAACCUUACAAAUGUGAAGAAUGUGGCAAAGCUUUUAACCAAUCCUCAAACCUUAGGAAACAUAAGAUAAUUCAUACUGGAGAGAAACUCCACAAAUGUGAAGAAUGUGGCAAAGCUUUUAACCGAUCCUCAAACCUUACUACACAUAAGAGAAUUCACACUGGAGAGAGACCCUACAAAUGUGAAGAAUGUGGCAAAACUUUUAACCGAUCCUCAAACCUUGCUAAACAUAACAUAAUUCAUACAGGAAAGAAAUCUUACAAACGUGGAGAAUGUGGUAAAACCUUUAACCAGUCCUCAACUCUUACUAAACAUAAGAAAAUUCAGCAGGACAUGGUGGCUCACGCCUGUAAUCCCAGCACAUUGAGAGGACGAGGUGACAUUAAAAAAAUUCAUACUGUACAGAAACCCUAUGAGGGUGAAAAACAUGGCAAAGCCUUUAACAAGCUUUCAAUUCUUAACAGACAUAAGAUAAUUUAUACUGGAAAGAAAUUCUACAAACAAGAAAGAUGUGACAAUGCUUUUGACAACACCUCAAACUUUUCUAACCAUAAAAGAAAUUAUGCUAGUGAGAAAUCUUAG